UUCUCUUGACUGGUAAGUUACAGAAUGUUAUGGGGGGAAAGGAACUAGUGAUCACUGCUCUUCUCUUGACUGGUAAGUUACAGAAUGUUAUGGGGGGAAAGGAACUAGUGAUCACUGCUCUUUUCUUGACUGGUAAGUUACAUAAUGUUAUGGGGGGAAAGGAACUAGUGGUCACUGCUCUUCUCUUGACUGGUAAGUUACAUAAUGUUAUGGGGGGAAAGGAACUAGUGAUCACUGCUCUUUUCUUGACUGGUAAGUUACAGAAUGUUAUGGGGGGAAAGGAACUAGUGAUCACUGCUCUUUUCUUGACUGGUAAGUUACAUAAUGUUAUGGGGGGAAAGGAACUAGUGAUUACUGCUCUUCUCUUGACUGGUAAGUUACAUAAUGUUAUGGGGGGAAAGGAACUAGUGAUCACUGCUCUUCUCUUGACUGGUAAGUUACAGAAUGUUAUGGGGGGAAAGGAACUAGUGAUCACUGCUCUUCUCUUGACUGGUAAGUUACAUAAUGUUAUGGGGGGAAAGGAACUAGUGAUCACUGCUCUUUUCUUGACUGGUAAGUUACAGAAUGUUAUGGGGGGAAAGGAACUAGUGAUCACUGCUCUUCUCUUGACUGGUGUCAGUGGUGACUGUCUGUACUCCAAUGUGGGAAAUGAUGUCAGUUUGCCGUGUGCCAACGUGGUUUAUCCAAACUGCUCUUCAACUACAUGGCUCUUUUGGAGAUCUCCGCAGCCCAUCACUGAGUUGGUUCGUGGAGGACAGAUUAGAACAGAAACCUCGGCGAGAGCUGAGCGACUGAGGGUGGAGUCAGACUGCUCUCUCCACGUUCAGAAUGUCAGAGCUGAGGAUGCUGGACAAUACCAGUGUCUACAAUACCUCACAGAGGGUGGACCAGAACACGGAGAGGUCGCUUUUGUGAAUCUGAUUCUUCUAACCAUGUCAUUGUCCACCCCAGUGAUAGAUCUAAAGCCUGAUCGACCGGUGACCUUAAGGUGCGUUCAAACCACCUGGGCUGGAACUGGAAGCUGUUUCUUAUAUGAUAGACUGAGCUGGGUGGAUGAGGCCGGUACCGAGCUGCAGGGGGACUCCAGAUACCAGCUCACAAAGACGACUGACUGUGACAUCACUCUGACUGUGACUCUCCAGAGGAAAGACAACAACAGGAAGUGGAGGUGUCAGGCGGAGAACCAUGGAGAAGUGAAGACCUUCCAGGACUUCACAUUAUCAGGCCCAAGUCCUGCUCCCUCUGUGAAGCCAAAUCCCACUUCUCCAGGUGCACUUGGUACCACUGACGGUGUCCAGUUAUUUAUCGACAUAGUUGUCUUUGUGGCACAGACCAUCAUGGUGCCAGGUACCAGUAACGGUGUCCAGCUGUCCAUCGACAUAGUUGUCUUUGUGGCACUGACCGUCAUGGUUGCCAUAGUUACUAUUUACAAAACCAGGAAGAACCGCCCACCAGCAGAACUUAAAGAAAGCCUCCGGUAUUGAGCUUCAGGUCUGGAGGAAAGACCCCAUGUUCCCUACUCUUCUCCCAGUGCUGGACUAAGACUUCUAAACUGUCUGUAGCUUUAUUGAUCGAGUAAAAUAGGAUAUAAAUGUUUUUACAGUUGAUGUCCAUCUGAUAGAUUUUUAUUUCGCUUUUUAACGUACCUUUUUUUCUUCUUGCGUGCAGUAUGGAUGCAGACAUUUAUUAUGCCAUGUUUGGUUGAUGAAAUAAACGUUUGGUUUUUAAUUUCUGUCCAUUGUGAAUGGUCAGCUUAGAGAAAUU